AUGCUCCCAACAGCGAUCGUCCAAUCUGGCCGCUCAGCGUGGAAGGGCCCAUUCUUUGUCGCCUUUCCCAACCUCCGCCAUGCUCUAGAGAAUAAUGUGCCUAUCCAAACCCAGGCACGCUCAUGCACCAUCCUGCCAAAUUUCGUCGGAUUGCGGUUCCUCGUCCACAAUGGCAAGGACUACGUCCCGGUGGUGGUGACGCAGGAUAUGGUGGGCCACAAGUUGGGCGAGUUCUCGAUAACGAAAAAGCGUUUUACUUACAGGGCCACAAAGAACAAGUAG